AUUUCUAUACUCUCUCUUGUACAGUGUAGAUACGCGCAAGUUGAUCAGUUGACCUCAACGCAUUCCGUCUGUACUCUGUAUUUACACCGAAUUCGAUAUAAAACAAGUUAUGAAAAAUUAAGUUAAAUAAUAGCAUUUGUUUAUAAAAUAUAGUAACAAUACAAAGUAAAAAAAAAUAUUAAAAAAUGUCGUUACAAACGUUUGAAAUAAAAUUAGAUAAUCCAACUGCAACGUAUGGAUCAGGAGCAAUGAUAACUGGUCAAGUGAUAAUUGACCUCACCAAAGCAAAAAAAAUGCGAGCGCUAAAAUUAAGGUUUAAAGGAAAAUGUGAAGUACAUUGGGAAAAAAGAACUGGUAGUGGUAAAAAUUCACGAACUACAUAUUUUACUGGAGAAGAAGAAUAUUUUCGUACUGAUCUAUGUCUUUUUGGAAGCACAGGUGGUGAUACGAUCGAAAUGUUAGCUGGUCAUCACGUUUUUCCUUUUAAUUAUGCACUCCCACGAAAUAUUCCAAGCAGUUACGAGCAUAGUAUUGGUUCUGUCGAAUAUUCUAUCAAAGCAAUAGUAGACAGACCAUGGAAAUUUGAUCAUGAAACUGCAAUAGUUUUUACUAUCGAAACACCAUUUGAAUUAAAUCCAGAAACACAUUCGUUGAUAGGGAUUGAUGAUGAGAAGGAAGAGGAUUAUUGUUGCAUUUUACCAUGUAUCAGUAAAGGAAGCAUGAUCUAUAAUUUUCGAUUGCCAACAACUGGCUACGCUUGUGGUGAAGCCAUUCAAACGACAGUUAAUAUAAACAGCCGAUCCGAUUCUGUCGAAGUUGAUGAGAUUGACGUAAAACUUGAACAAAAAGUAGAUUUCCAUGCACGAUCGCCUUAUGGGAAAACAAAAUCUGAAACACAUGUGAUACAACAAAGUAAACAAUCAGGUCCGUUUGGUAAAAAAUGUGAUGUAGUAAUUGGAUUGCAAGUGCCGUCCGUUCCUCCAUCAAAACUUCAGCAUUGUAAUCUUAUAGACAUUAGUUAUCGAAUUCAUAUUGAAUUAAAUGUUUCUGGGCUUCAUUGUAAUACUGAAAGAUACUAUGAUAUUUUAAUUGGAACAAGACCUGCAACAAUCAUGUCAACGCAACAAGUUGUUUUUCCAGUUUCUCAUUUUGGACAACCACCAAUUACUGCACCAACUGCACCAUUUGAUUAUUCUUCAUCGACCAAUCCUACAUCAGCAUUUCCAAAUCCGAAUGUUCCAUACCCAAUGCCUACUCCAACUACAUCACAAAGUGAAAAAGUUUCUGCACCGUAUUCUCAAUUUCCUAUGCCAGGUCCAACACCUUAUCCAAUUCAAUCUGGUCCAAAUCAAUAUCCACCACCAGCUGCCCCUUAUCCAACUCAAUCUGGUUCAAACCAAUAUCCACCACCAGGUGCUCCUUAUCCAACUCAGCCUGGUCCAGGUCAAUAUCCACCACCAAGUACUACUCCUUAUCCUAAUCAACCAGGCACAGGAUUUACAUAUCCAUCUGCUCCUGGUUUUCAACCUCCUCAAAAUAUUGAAUUUGUACCAUCAAAUCCUAUGUCGCCAUUUAAUUAUCCACCAGAGCAACUUCCUCCUUCUUAUGAUUCUGUAAUUGCUAGGGAUUACACGAAAUAAAAAUAAUUCGAAUUAUUUUUUAUAAAAUAGUUUACGCAAUAUUUGCUGAAUUAUAUAAACUAAAUAUUAUUAAAACUAAAACUUUGUUAAAAGAAAUUUUUUUUUUAUAUAUAUUUGACGUUAUACCUAAUGUUAUGUAAAUUGUUGGAAAUUUUGACAGUAUAAUUUUUCAAUAUCA